AUGGCAGCACAAAAAUUAUCUCAAGAAUUGAUAUUUAUUUGUUUAAAAUUUGGCAUAACUUAUCAAUCAAUUCAAAUUGAUAAAUCAAAUCCAAAUGUUCUUAGUGAGCUUUAUCAAAAUGCAGUUGAUAUUGUAUCAAAAGCUAUUGGUAGCCUCGAAGUAAAUAAUCAUCGUCAUCAUAUUAAAUUAUUUCUCAUAUCACCUGAUCAUCAGCCACCAAGUUUAAAAUUAAUAACACGUUCAAGUGAUUUAACACCAACAUGUUUUAUUGAAAUAAUUAUAUGGCGUUCAG